CUUGUUAUUCCAGGAUAAAUUUAUAUGUGCCAAAAGAAAAGCCCAGUUAAGUACAAAACUGUAAACCCAUCGUUCUCUUCUUAUAUAUCCACGUAAACCCUGCUAUAUAGUAUAAAAUAAAUUAGAGCAGUAACAACAGUUGAGAAAAACCUUAAUAACAAUGAGGAUUAACGUUACUGAAAUCAGAACCCUAAUAGAAAAUGGUGUUAGAAAUCGUCACCGUUCUAUGUUUGUCAUCAUUGGUGACAAUUACCGUGACCACAUUGUUAAUUUGCAUAACAUGUUGAGCAAAGCUGUAGUGAGGUCAAAGCCUACUGUGCUUUGGUGCAACAAGGACAAACUUGAACUUAGCAGUCACAAGGAAAAGAGAAAGAAGCAAAUUAAAAAAAUUAUGCAGCAGGGAGUACUGGACCCUGAAAAAGUAGACCCUUUUGAACUUUUCAUUGAAACUGGAGGCGUCAGCUUUUGCUUGUAUAGAGAUUCAGAAAGAAUUCUAGGAAACACUUAUGGCAUGUGCAUACUACAGGAUUUCGAGGCUUUGACACCCAAUCUUCUUGCAAGAACAAUAGAGACAGUUGAAGGUGGUGGGCUAAUUGUAUUGUUGAUUCACACUUUGCCCUCUCUUAAGCGCCUCUACACCAUGGCCAUGGAUGUUCACCAGAGAUUUCGUACGGAAUCCCAUUCACACGCUAUCCCUCGCUUUAACGAGCGUUUUGUACUCUCUCUUGCAUCAUGUGAAACAUGUAUUUUCAUGAAUGAUGAAUGGAAAAUUCUACCAAUCUCCUCUUACGUGAAGAAUAUUACUGCUCUUCCUGUGAUAAAGAAUUCUGAGGGGCUUUCAGAAGCAGAAAGGGAAUUAAGGUAUUUAAAAGAACAGUUGAAUGAAGACUUCCCUGUCGGUCCUCUUAUUCGUGAAUGCCGUACCUUGGACCAGGGAAAAGCAGUGAUCACAUUUCUUGAUGCUAUCCUGGAUAAGACUCUCCGAAGCACUGUUGCUCUGAUUGCUGCUCGUGGCCGGGGGAAGUCAGCUGCUCUUGGGUUGGCAAUUGCAGGGGCUGUUGCUGCAGGGUAUUCCAAUAUUUACGUAACAGCGCCUAGUCCUGAAAAUCUGAAAACUCUGUUUGACUUUGUCUGUAAGGGUUUCGCUAUGCUCGAGUACAAGGAACACCUUGAUUAUGAUAUUGUGAAAAGCAAUAAUCCGGAGUUUAAAGAAUCUACCGUGAGGAUCAACAUCUAUAAGCAGCACAGACAAACAAUUCAGUAUAUACUACCACAUGAGCAUGAAAAGCAAUCACAAGUGGAAUUGUUGGUGGUUGAUGAAGCAGCAGCUAUUCCGUUACCUGUUGUCAAAUCUUUGCUUGGUCCGUACCUCGUCUUCCUUGCAUCAACUGUGAACGACUAUGAAGGUACUGGAAGAUCGUUAUCAUUGAAGUUGCUGCAGCAACUAGAGGAACAAAGUCAGAAGUCCAAAAGUGCAGAUAAUGCACUUUCAGGUAGGCUUUUUAAAAAGGUAGAAUUGAGUGAAUCCAUUAGAUAUCCUUCUGGCGAUCGCAUUGAACGGUGGAUUAAUGCUUUGCUCUGUUUGGAUGUUACAAAUACUAUUCCAAGUAUCAGAAGGUAAAACUUCUUUGGCUUAACGUAGUUCCUACAGAAGUCUUGGUCAUCUUGGAUAUAUUGUGAUCCUUUUCCAUUGAAACAUUUGCAGCGAAUGAUGGCCCUCUAUGUUGCUUCUCAUUACAAAAAUUCUCCAAAUGAUUUAAAAUUGAUGGCUGAUGCUCCAGCUCACCACUUGUUUGUGCUACUAGGCCCUGUAGAUGAGUCAGAAAAUCGUCUUCCUGAUAUUCUAUGUGUCAUCCAGGACCUUUUCGAACUUUCAUCUGCUGGAAGGCCACUGGCUUCUUUUGUUGAAUACUCAAAAUACUUUUCUGCAUUGGGUUCUCUACUAGUUUUGACUACUCUCAGAGGUAGAGAUGUUGCAAGAUCAUAUCGUUGUACUUUCUUGAUCUGA